AUGGCUUCCUCGAUCUCAGCAAGUCUCUCUCUAAAGCUGCUGGCCCCACAGAGACUCGCCCAUCAACACCCCCUUCUCAAACCCCCAUCCCUGUCCGCCCGCCUCCGCCCCCAGCGGGUGGCGCGUGAGGUUCCACCGACGAUCCAUCCGGACUCCGCCGUUUUGUCCCCGAAGCCGGCGGGGUUGGAGAAGGACCCCCGCGAGCUGUGGAAGAGGUACGUGGACUGGCUGUACCAGCACAAGGAGCUGGGACUCUACCUGGACGUCAGCCGGAUCGGGUUCACGGACGAGUUCUUCCGGGAGAUGGAGCCGAAGCUCCACAAGGCGUUUGGGGAUAUGGCGGAGCUCGAGAAGGGCGCGAUUGCGAACCCAGACGAAGGCAGAAUGGUGGGCCACUAUUGGCUCAGAGAUCCCAAUCUCGCCCCCAAACCUUUCUUGACGCAGCAGAUUGAAAAGACGUUGGAUAAACUUUGUGAUUUUGCGGAGCAGGUCGUCAGCGGCAAGAUUAGACCUCCUCAAAAGGAUAAAUUUACACAAAUCCUUUCUAUUGGAAUUGGUGGUUCAGCUCUUGGGCCACAGUUUGUUGCGGAGGCAUUAGCUCCUGAUAAUCCUCCUCUUAAGAUAAGAUUCAUUGACAAUACAGACCCAGCCGGCAUUGAUCAUCAAAUAGCACAGCUCGGCAGUGAGCUGGCGUCCACACUCGUGAUUGUGGUUUCAAAGAGUGGAGGUACUCCUGAAACAAGAAAUGGUUUGCUUGAAGUUCAAAAAGCCUUCCGUGAAGCUGACCUGGAGUUUGCAAAACAUGGUGUUGCAAUCACACAAGAGAAUUCAUUGCUUGAUAACACAGCACGGAUCGAGGGUUGGUUAGCUAGGUUUCCCAUGUUUGACUGGGUGGGCGGACGAACAUCUGUAAUGUCUGCUGUUGGUUUACUUGCAGCCGCACUUCAGGGAAUCGAUAUUAAAGAAAUGCUUGCGGGUGCAGCAUUGAUGGAUGAAGCCAACAGGACCACACUCGUUAGAAAUAAUCCAGCGGCGUUGCUAGCUUUGUGUUGGUAUUGGGCAACUGAUGGAGUGGGAUCCAAGGAUAUGGUUGUCCUUCCAUACAAGGACAGUAUGUUAUUGUUUAGUCGGUAUCUGCAGCAGCUAGUCAUGGAAUCUCUUGGAAAAGAGUUUGAUCUGGAUGGUAAUAGGGUAAAUCAAGGAAUAACUGUUUAUGGAAACAAAGGAAGCACUGAUCAACACGCCUACAUUCAACAGCUCAGAGAUGGAGUCCAUAACUUUUUUGUGACCUUCAUUGAAGUUCUACGAGAUAGGCCACCUGGUCAUGAUUGGGAGCUCGAGCCAGGUGUUACCUGCGGUGAUUACCUAUUUGGAUUUUUACAGGGAACAAGAUCUGCUUUAUAUACUAAUGACCGUGAGUCUAUCACAGUCACUGUGCAAGAGGUCACACCCAGAUCUGUUGGGGCUCUAAUUGCACUUUAUGAGCGAGCGGUUGGGAUUUAUGCCUCAUUGGUCAAUAUUAACGCCUACCACCAACCAGGAGUUGAGGCUGGAAAAAAAGCUGCGGGAGAAGUUUUAGCUCUUCAAAAGCGUGUCCUGGUGGUACUAAACGAAGCAAGUUGUAAAGAGCCUGUUGAGCCAUUAACACUUGAAGAGAUAGCUGAACGUUGUCAUGCGCCGGAUGAUAUUGAAAUGAUCUACAAGAUUAUUGCGCACAUGGCAGCGAACGAUAGAGCUCUACUUGCUGAAGGUAGUUGUGGUUCACCGAGAAGUAUUAAAGUUUACUUAGGGGAGUGUUACGUUGAUGAGAUGUACUGA